GGUAAUACGGUGACGAGGCUUCCUCAGGGCGACCAGGCAUCGGAUUCUUACUCUUUUCUGUCGCGUUUCUCUUCUGUCUUGUUUAUCUCCCUUCCUUCACUUUCGUUCAUCUCUCCUCCUUCCCUCUACUUCUCGCGGCGCAUUUUGCCAACGAUCGCGCAACAUUCGGACGAAAGGGUGAUUGGGGUCCAACAAGUUUCAAGGAUCCACAGGGAUCGGAUCGCGUCAUUUUGGUCCGAUCAAGUUUCUGAUCUGCCUCGCUGUAGUUUAAGAUACGAUACGCGCUAUAGUUAGUAUGGCGGACGGUAGCUAUGGCGGUCCCAACCGCAACUGCUACAACUGCGGGCUCUACGGGCAUUUCGCCAGAUGGUGCCCGUAUCCGCCACGUAACAACGGUUACAAUGGCUCUCCAAGGGGCGAAGGAUUUGGGGCCCCGAGCACGGGUGCCAAUGUCGUUCCAACGAGAAGCGAAGGAUUCAUUCAAGGGAGACCGAUUCUUCCGCCACCGCAGCCUUCUCAAGUGCAUAUUCAGCCGAUUCCCAAUCAGCAGGCUCCAGGUCAGCCAGCUCAGCGUUUCGAAGCUCCACCCCCGCCGCUGCUGCAUGCUCCGCCGGUCAUGCCGAUUGCCUCCAACGCUAUCAUUCGGUACCAGCCACCGCAGAACGCUUUUCCACACCAACAGCCACGUAGUGGCACGAACGGUAAUGGGCCACGUGGAUGGAGUAAUCGUCCUCGGGACAUCGGGGGAGAAGGGGAAGGGCUCAUGAUCUUGCGGGAAAUUUGGAACGAAAGGCGGGAAGAAAGGGAAAGGAGACGUGAUGAGGAAGAUCGGAGGGUGAGAGAAGAACAGGCUAGAUUGGCUCGUGAGGAAGAGGAACGCAGACUAGAACAAGAGGCGAAGAGGGAGGCCGAUCGAGAAGCAAGACUCGCUUGCAUCGUCCGGGAACAAAUGGAGGAAAUAGAGGCGAAGAAGCAAGGGGGUUCCGCUGAUAUUAGUAAGAGGAACUGGGACAAAAUUGAUCCCCCGGCCAAGGACGGUGAAAACAGCAAGGGUGGGGAGAAUGGCGAGAGCAAGAAGCGGGAUCAAGGAACCAUGGCGGUCAAUUCAGAGAACCCGCAUCAACUAGGCACUGGCAGACCAAGGGUUGACGUUGUCCCUACACCUCUAGACGCAGGGCUUAUUAGGAUGGAUAUUGACUCUGUUAGGAAAGCUCAAGAGGCCCAGGCAGCCAUGUUUCACCAGAUGUUGUGCUGCCUUGAAGCAAUCAGAAAGCAGGGUGAGGGAUCGUUCGCGGCGGCUGGUCACAAUGCACAGGACCCUGUACAGUCUCAUCCCCCUCCUCCUGCACAAGCUCCCCCUCCUGCUCCUCCCGCCAACCCUCCUGCACCCCACCCUCCGGCCCCUCCUGUCAAUCCCCCCACACCCCAACCUCCUCCACCCCCACCCCCUCCAUCCUUCCAUGCUCCUGCCUCCCCAACCUCACCACUGUUGACACGGGCUGCGCCCUCGGCACCCAGUCGUCGGGUGCCGGUUACUGAACCUGGACCAUCAAGGUCACGAUCUGAACGGAACGACACUCCCACAGGGGGGGGCUUCUCUGCCAGGCUAGCAAGGAUGUUCUCCUCCAUUGUUGGGAAUGGGAUGAGGAGGCGUUCGCACGGCAUCUCAAUCAAUGAGCCGGUCAAGACUUAGGAUUCGAUCGAGUUGUCAGAGGGAAGAAGGCGGCUGUGGCCGGCCCUGGGAAAGAAGGCAGAAAGAAGUAUGUGGAGGAACUUACUGAGGCCUUGUUCGCAAAGACGAAGCAUGAGAUGGAGGAACUGUGCAAAAAAGAUAAGAUCAACAGUUGUCAUGGGCAGAGAAAUUUGCGUCGGAUUGGAGGGUUUUGCUAAAAGAAGGGAAGAGGAUUUGCGAAUUUAACGGUCCAUGCGUUUACGCUCUCAUCUCGCCUUGGUUUAAGGCUACGUACAUUGGCUCUACGACGAGAUCCUUGGAUGUUCGAUGGGAAAAGCACGUUAGGAGAUCGUUAAAGUCCGGUGAUUGUAGGAACCAUAGGCUGCGCAGAUGGUUCCAGCGCAAACACUGGUCAUCCUACGUAGCCAUCCCAAUUGCCUUCCCUCCAGUGGAUGAGAUCCGAGAUGUUGAGAAUGUUUUUCUCUCUCGUUGGUCACCUGUUCUGAACUGUGUCAAGAAAAAGAAGAAACAGUGUUGUAGAAAGGGGAGGAGAGAACGCCACUCCUUCCUGCGCAGAACAAAGAGCUUCGAUAAGA